CAUUCGUGUACUUGCGUUCAAGUUGAAGUCCGAACUAAGCGAGAGUCUCGCUGUGGGCAACCGACGUUGCUCUCAAUCUGGACAUUGUCGACGAAAUGAAGGCGAGAAAACAUUGAUUAAAGCGAGCCAGGAUGUCGUCGGAGGUUGAUGUGCUGCUGCAGGAGGCCAAGGAGAACAUCGAGGCGGCGCAGAACUUUCGCAGCGAGCUGCAGCAGAGACUCAACGGUCUCAACCAGGCGCGUAAACAGGUGCGAGGCAGCUCCGGCCAGGCUCGCGAGGCCCUCCGCAAGCACUUUGGUGAACUGCAGGCAGCCGCCACCCGGUUCCUUUCAGAGCGCCUGAACGCCCUUCUCACAGAAGUGGACGUCAUCGAGGCUGACAGCGUGAGGCCUCUGGACGACUGUCAGAGUCUGGUGGAGUUCAGCAUGGGUCAGGCCGACGAGCUCCUCAGAGAAGGUGAAGCGGCGCUGCGGUGCGGUCUCGGUGAGAAAGAAGACAAACUGGGAAGCUUCACCAAGAAGGCAAUGCACAUCCACUUGGACAGCCUGCCGGAGGUCCCGGCACUGGCGGAUGUCCCAUGCGUAUCGGCCCAAUUGGACGACUCGCUGGCGGUUCUGCUUCGUGAUCGCGUGUGCUGUCAUGGCUCGGUAGCGUCGCACCCGCCCGUGCUGAUUGAGGAGCUGCAGGAGCGACCCGGCAGCAUCCUGGUGCGCUGGGGAAAGGUGGACGAAGACUUUGUGGCCGCCGAUUACCGCCUGCAGUACAGGCGCUCGGGCGGCAGCGGGGGACAGUAUGAGGACGCCUACGUGGGACGCGACACCGACUUCCUGGCGCUGGGCCUGGAGCCCAACAUUGACUAUGUCUUCAGGGUGUGCGCCCGUGGUGAGGGCCGCACCGAGUGGAGCCCCUGGAGCGUAGCGCAGACCGCCUACACCACCAUGGAGCCGCACGAGUGGCGGGGGGGAAUGGAGGGUUACGUUGUGAGCAGCCGACGCAACAUCGCCCUGCGGAACGACUCGUCGCCGUCUGGCUGCCCCGUCCUCUACUCCAGCUCUCCGUCCUACUUCUGCGGCCUCACGCUUAACUUCAAGAUUACGGCCAGCGGGCAGCCAGAUCGCCGGGACAGUCUGGGAAUUUGCGUGGAUGCGGAAAAUGGACAGCGUUCACUGCAACGAGAUCAGGCUGUCUGCAUCUCUACCAACGGGGCCGUGUAUGUGAAUGGCAAGGAAAUGACCAAUCAGCUCCCACCGAUCACGGUGGGUUCGGCAGUAACAUUUGACGCAGAGGUGGUGGGCACCCUGCCGGUUCACACUGAUAACCGGGUGGGCCGCAACGGCGACGCUGGCGGCCUGAAGCUGCGCGUCACCAUCGGCUCGGGCAGUCGUGAGGUGGUUUUCGAUUGGUUGCUGGAAACUGCGCCAGACGGCCUCUUCUUCGGAUGCGCCUUCGCUCACGCUGGCUGGAAAGUGCUCGUCUUUUGAAAGGACAAAAGCUGCACAUUUCAGACUUGGACACAACUUUGUUCCUUCCUGUUACUCACAUUGCGGACCUCACCCCACAGUUCCUGGAUCUUCCAGAAAUACCAUCGCAAAAGUCCAGGAACGUUUGGCAAUUUGUGCUUUUAAUUUUGAGAAUUAAAAGCUUUAAUUUUAGAUAAAUUCAGCGCUGCAGUCCUUUAAAGGUUCUUGGAGCUCUAAAAUAGACUAACAGGAUCUUGUUGUGAACCUUAAAAAGUUAGCCCUAGAAAUCACAAUUCCAGUAAGGUUCUUAGAUGUCAUCACCUAAUGUUUGUAGAUGCUAAAAAUGUACUAGCACCCUGAGAAUUCUUGGAUAGUGAGCCUGUUUUGACCUCAACAGCCUUCAAAAGCCAUAUUGUGUUGGUGAAAAGUUUUUGUUUACAAUCACAUCUAUUCAAAUGGCAUCUUCAUUAUGACCCUCCUUCACCCCACAAAUGACAAUCACUUCUCUUUUAGGAUUUUUUUUUUCAUGAAAAUAUGAAAUUUGGGGGGCAACUUUGGUCACACAGCCGAUCAUCUAUUGCAGUGUUCACUAAAUCCUGACCUCGGUGCCACUUUUCCUGUCAUGUUUUCCAUGUCUCCCUCCUCCAACACACCUGAAUCAAAAUAAUCAGGAUCAUUAUCAGGCUUCUGGAGAGGUUGCUGAUGACAUAAUCAUUUGGUUCAGGUGUGUUAGGGGAGAGAGACGUGGAAAACACGACAGGAAAAGUGGCACUGAGGUCCAGAUUUAGUGAACCCUGAUCUAUUGUGACCUGAAUGUGGAAGGUGCCAAUUGAUGGAGAGAACUAAAUUCAUGCUGGGACUCACAUUGUAGAUGGAAAACCGUGCCGUAACCAUGGAGAGCAACAUCCGUUUUUCUGAGUCAUUCCUGCGUUCUGCUCGUGAGAAGAAAAUGUGACGUUUAGCUAACUUGCGUGUGUUCAGACUUCAGGUACAAAGUUCUACAGAAGCUCACCUUGUGUGUUGUAAUGUGGAUUUAAUUAAUCAUGAUUUUGGAUGACUGGAGUUUGUUACCAAAAGGAGUUAAUGUGUCCUUUUUUUACACAUGUGAAUAACCAUAUGAGUGUUUUUGGUGUUGUUUGAUGUGGAGCCGGUCUUUUUUUUGUUUUGUUUUACAUACAUGCUUUAGGUCUGCAUCGCUAAAUAAAUACUUCACAAUGA